GUUGAUGCCGUGCAGGUCAAACUGCUGUUGAAACAUGGCGAGGCACCGGGGCGUCACCUCUUUGGUGGCACUAGCACUGCUAGCAUGCUUAGCUAGGACUGAUGGCCGCGACGGCGGUGGCAGCGGUGGCAGCGGCAGCGGCGGCAGCGGUGGCACCGACGGCCAAGAUGGCAGCGAUGGCCAAGACGGCAGCGAUGGUGGUGGCGGGGGCGGCGGCGGCGGUGCUGGAGGAGGCGGGGACGGUGGCGGCAGCGGGGGCGCUGGUGGCGCCGGCGGCAGCGCCUUUGGCGCCAGUGCCUUUGGCGCCAGUGCCUACAAUGUCCUCAACCGUCCUCUGUUACCCGGCGGCGGUGGUGCCGGCGGGGGCGGUGGCGCCGGCGGCAGCGGGGGCGGUGGUGGCACUGGUGGCGCCGGUGGCGACGGCGGCAGCGUCUUUGGCGCCAGUGCCUACGAUGUCCUCAACCGACCUCUGUUACCCGGCGGCGGUGGCGCUGGCGGCGGCGGGGGCGCUGGUGGUGCCGGCGGCAGCGCCUUUGGCUCCAGUGCCUACGAUGUUCUCAACCAUCCUCUGUUCCCCGGCGGCCACGAAGGCAUCGUUCACGGAGGCGGCCCCGCCUUCUUCACCCCCUACGGCCCCGUCUUCAACACCCCCUACGGCCCCGUCCUCUACACCUCCUACGGCCCCGUCUUCUACAGCGGCCACAGAAGCCACGGCGAACACGGCGGAAACCAUGGCCACGGCGGACACUGGGGCCACGGCAACCACGGCAGACACCGGGGCGACCGCGACCACCGCGGUCACCGGGGCAACCGCGACAACCGGGACCACCGCCGUCACCGGGGCGACCGGGACCACCGCCGUCACCGGGGCGACCGCGACCACCGCGGUCACCGGGGCGACCGCGCCGCCGACCAUAACCCGACAAACUCACAGACGCCAAUCGGAUCCAUUCUGCCAAACAAUCCUCCGGCCCCGAGUUGCGAUGUGGCACAAAACACGAGGAUCCCGUGCGGACCUCCCGACAUCUCGGCCGACCUCUGCGUCGCCAUGGGCUGCUGCUCCGACGGACGGCGGUGCUAUUACGGAAAGUCGGUGACCGUCCAGUGCACCAAAGACGGCCGCUUCAUCGUCGUGGUGGCGAGAGACGCCACUCUGCCCAACAUCGACCUCGAGUCGGUCUCCCUGCUGAGCAAAGCUCCGGGCUGCACGCACGUCGACUCCAAUUCAGGCUUCGCCAUCUAUAACUUUGCCGUCACCUCAUGUGGCACCGUUGUUUCGGAGGAGCCUGGUGUUAUAAUCUAUGAGAACAGAAUGGUCUCCUCCGAUGAAGUGGAAACCGGGCGUUAUGGAGUCGUUACCAGAGACAGUCCCUUUGAAUUGCUCUUCCGGUGUCGGUACAUCGGCGCCGCUGUUCAAACCGUGGUUGGAGAAGUUCUGCCGUUGAUAGAUAUUGUUCUCCCGGCUGCUGCCGUGGGACCCAUCAGAGUAGAGCUGAGGCUGGGUAACGGGCGCUGCGUUUCAAAGGGUUGUAACGAAGAGGAUGUGGCCUACGCUUCGUACUACGCUGACGCCGACUACCCCGUGAGCAAAGUCCUGAGGGACCCCGUGUACGUGGAGGUUCGACUCCUCGAGAAGACGGAUCCCGACCUCGUCCUGACCCUUGGGCGCUGCUGGGCGACCACGAGCCCCAACCCUCACGCCAUGCCCCAGUGGGACAUCCUGACAGACGGGUGUCCAUGCAGCAACGAUAACUACCUGUCCUCUCUGGUUCCGGUCGGCCCCUCCUCCGGUCUGGACCUCCCCGGUCACUACAGACGUUUCCUUUUCAAAAUGUUUACCUUUGUUGACCGAGCGUCAUCUCAACCCUCGAGGGAACAGGUGUUCAUCCACUGCAGCACGGCCGUGUGCACACCUGCCGGGGGACGCUCCUGUGAACCAACAUGCCACAGAAAAAUCAGAGACGUCUCCGAUGUGGCCCGGACGACUUCCGUGUCAAAGGUCGUGGCCUCUGUAGGACCGGUGACCAUGGGGGGGGGGCGUCUUCGGACUUAACGAUGUCCAACUCAAGAAUUUGGCCGAGAUCAUGAAGUAAAAGAUUUGCAUUUCUUGAGUGAGCACCUUCCUACCACUAGAUGGCGGUACACCACACCUCGGUGAUGGAUUGAAGAUGAAUUGGUUCUAUUUACUUAUUUGCUGCCAUGUGACCCGUCUCGUGACCCCUCGGUGACCUCUGGACUUGGGAACCAAUGCAACAGAUUACCAGCUCUUGAGCAUGUUGGACCAACCAGCAUGAAAUAAAGUUACAAUCCAAUAACA